AUGUUCAACAUGUCAUCGAUGUUCCAAGAACUCAAAAGAAAAAGAAAAGGAAAAAUAUGGGAGCUAUUCCGCGCUACGGAUUUUGAAUCCUUCAUGUAUCCGUGUUUCAUAUUUUGCCGUAUUCUGGGAAUAUUUCCAUACAAAAUCAACGCUUCGACCAUCAAGACUUGCAAACCACGCUAUAUUCUUUCGACUAUCAGUAUCGGCGUUUUUUGCAUACUCGGAUUAAUACAUCUCUAUGAUAUAAAUUUCUCAACUUCUAAAAGGAGUUUACAUGAAGACAUUGAGACAAGCACGAAACUUCAACAAAACUGUUUCUCCAUUAUUGGUGUUUUCAUGGCAGUCACCGCAUUCGUUCUGAGUGGACCACGAAUGCGUUUUCUUCAGACCUUGUUGGAGCUCUCUUUGAAAUUACCUUCGGAAUCAUAUCAGAAAUUAUCUAGUCUGAUCCAUGUCAAGGACAUUCUAGGAUUCUUUUUUCUAGUCGUGGAAUUUCUGAUAAUUGUUAUCAAGUUGCAAGAGAUGGCUGAUGUCUGGCAAACUUCUUUUCUAAUUUACAAUUGGUUGCUGAUUUUUCAGAUGGAUAUGCUAUAUAUGAAUUGUGUUUGCAUAUUAAAAGCUUGUUUCAAGCAAAUCAACGACAAUCUGGUGAAUCUGCGAAAAGUCGUGACGAAUGGUGAGCCAUAUCUCUUGAGCGGCACCUAUCACGAGCAAAGAAUUUCAUUUCUACUGAUGGAGAUUAUAGCUUUGAAAAAGCAGCAUCUGGCAAUCAGCGACGCAGUACAGAUGCUAAAAAUGGUCUUCAGUUUGCACCUUCUUUCCACAAUACUUAUGACUUUCACUCAAAUUAUCUUCCAUCUGUACUUUUACUUAAUGCAAAUAUACCUGGGUUUAUAUCUGAGCAAUGAAGAAAGACAGAUUUUACGUAAAGCCUGUAUAGGCCUUGUAACAUAUUACUCUAUAAAAUUGGUGUUGAUAGUGUGGGCCUGCGAAACCGGCAAGAAUCAAGCCAUGGAAAUCAGUAGCACCGUUCACGACGUGUUCAAUAGUGCCAGUAAUAAGCAAAUAAAAUAUGAGAUGCGACUAUUUUCUUUGCAAAUAUCGCAUUGUGAGAAUACGUUUUCCGCAAAGGGGCUUACUGUGGACGCUACGCUCCUUACUGAGAUUGCAGGUGCCAUUAUCACCUAUGUAUUAAUCUUGAUACAAUUCCUGUUCAUUUCGAGUUCUUGCGGUGGAAAAACUUUAAAGGAUACGCUCUAG